GCUAUAGAGGCUGCGCAUGUGUAUACGUUUAUUUGCAUUUGAGAGAAGAAAUGCAAUAAAUAUAGUUGAUUCUGUGGAUUAAGAGCAUUAAUCUAUCUGAAAAUGUCCAAACUGCAGCUGUUGAAUACGUUUCUCACCGAGCGAUUAACUGCAGCGGCUGUUGAGAUAUUUGGGGCAGUGGAAAAAACGAUAACGGAGUACCAGGAAGAAAUCUCCCGUUCAAAGGAGGAGAUCGAUCGUCUACGAAGGCAACUGCACAUCGUUACCCAACCGAAGAUAAAGUUACAUAAAGCAGAUACCCAGCAGCUCAUUCUCACUGUCCCUGAGGAGGUCCCCCUUGAGCAGCAGCACUGUGAGCAGGAGUGGACCCCUGGUCUGGGGCAGGAGGACUCAGACCCCACACAGAUUAAAGAAGAACAGGAAGAACUCAGGACCAAUCACGAGGAAGAGCAGCUUCAGGGGCUGGAGUCUGAUACCAACAUUCUAACAUGUUCUCCUCCCUUUGUGAAAAGUGACUGUGAUCAGGAUGACCCACAUAAGUCCUCCCAACUUUACCACAUACAAACUGUAGAGAACAGAGAGAGGGACUCACUACCUACCAGCACAAUUGAAGAGAUCAAAAUAGAACCCGAUGAAGAGGAUUACAGAGUAUCAGAACCAACCAGUGACUCUCAAACCCUCUCUGUAGUAACCCCUUACAGCUCCGUGAGCACAUUAAAUAUGAAUCAGCUAAUUGGCAAUGCAGAAUCAGACAAACCAUUUCAGUGCAAUGUGUGUGGCAAAUUCCUCAAGAGGGAAAAAAGUCUUAUCGUGCACAUGAUGGGUCAUGCAGGAGAGAAACCAUUUACAUGUCCUUUAUGUAACAAAGGCUUUGUUGCGGUCGGCACUUUAAAGACACACCUGAAACUUCACACAGGGGAAAGGCCACACCGGUGCCAUGUUUGUGGAAGAUGCUUUAAACUGAAAGGAGCCCUGACGGAGCACAUGAGGAUACACACUGGGGAGAAACCGUUUUGCUGUCAUGAUUGUGGCAAGUGCUUCAGUCGUACAAAUGCCCUUACGAAUCACAUGCUGCACAUUCACAAGAAAAAAAGAACGUACAAGUGACCUGCGGAGAAAGUCUGUCUGAAAAGUAGCCUUCUAUUUAUAUGGCACACUUAAGUAAUGCCCUUUUAAUUUAAUAAAGUAUGGGUCAAUAUUUGAAGGAAUAAAUGUGUUGACCAUUU